CUUGGAGGAGCUGUCUUGGAUGUUUUUCUCCCAAAACUCCAACCAUCAGUAUCCAUACAUUCAGCCCCCACAGGAGAGCCUAUUCCAAAGGUCAUUUGCGAGCCUCUGUCUUCAUCCUCAAGCCCGCAGUUUUAACCGUCCCCAGCUGCCCUGCAAGCCCGCUUCGACGGCCCAGGCCCAGAUCAUGGACCCCAGCCUGCUCCCUGGGCUGGAAGGUGGUAACUGCGAAAAAGAGGGCGACUCUCCCCUGCGGGGCUUCGGAUGACAUCACAUCCUCCGAACUCAAAAUCUGGCUCCUCUGCUGGCCGAAGGGCGCGACUUCCCCUCCUCCUCGUCCCACCCGCACCAGCGCGCGUCGGCACGCGUCGCGCAGCGCAGAGCGCGCCAUGGCCUCCUGGGUGACCCCCCUGCUCCUGCCGCUGGCCCUGCUGCUCCAUGCCGCCGUGGCCGCGGGGCGGAGCGGGUUCCGCAUGUCGCCGGCGAAGGUGGUCGGACAGCCGGGAGGGAAGGUGGAGCUGCAGUGCGAAGUGCUGCUGUCCCCUGCGGCGCCGGGCUGUUCCUGGCUCUUCCAGAAGAACGAACCUGCCGCCCGCCCCGUCUUCCUCAUGUACAUCUCCCAAACCCGGAGCAAGGCGGCCGACGGACUGGACCCCAAACAGAUUUCGGGCAAGAAGAUCGCUGAGACCCACUACAGCCUCACCCUGCACCGCUUCCGCGAGGAGGACGAAGGCUACUAUUUCUGCUCUGUCCUGAGCAACUCCGUGCUGUACUUCAGCUCCUUCGUGCCGGUCUUCCUGCCAGUCAAGCCUACCCCUACGCCCGCGCCGCGACCACCCACGAGGGCGCCCACCAACAGGUCGCAGCCGGUGUCUCAGCGCCCCGGGAUCUGCCGGCCGACGGCGGGCAAGCCAGUGGAAAAAGGUGUGCUUGCCUUUGCCUGUGAAAUCUACAUCUGGGCUCCGCUGGCUGGGACCUGCGCGGUCCUUCUACUGUCACUGGUCAUCACCGUCAUCUGCAACCAUAGGAACAGAAGACGGGUUUGCAAAUGUCCCAGGCCAAUGCCCAGACCAGGAGGCAAGCCCAGCCCUUCAGAGAAAUACGUCUAACAUGGAGAUGGGCCCUGUGCGACAGCCACUACAAGACCGAACAGAAUUCUAUGAGAACAGCAACAGUCCUUCCAUCCUUAUAUAUCCAUUCUCAUUAUUAUUUUUGUGGGGGUGGGGUGGGAAGGGUGACUUCUUCAUGUGUUUUCCUUAGUUGACACAAAACAAGACUGUACGUCUACAGUACACCACAAGGGCUCUGAUACCAUUGUGUGCUCGCACUGGGGUGAAGGGUGGGCAGGCCAGAGCUACCACAAGCCGUGUUCUCAGAAUCUGGUGGUUUGAGCUGGGUGGGUUGGGG